CUGGUAUAUCUGGGCUGUUGUUUGAGAGUCACGUGGGUUCUGGUAAUUGCUGAAGACGUAAUACCUUUCCUGGUAGUUUCUUGUGGUUGCUUGAAGGAUACUGGUUGUGAUGAUUUUACUCUAAAGAUGUAGCUACCGUGCUAACAAAAUUCUUUUAAUGUGGAAGUGACAUUAAUGUUAAAUAUGAAGAUGAUGGCCUGGUUUUGAGAGACUGAGGUGAUGACGGGUAUUGUAGUUGUGAUUAGAGUAGGGGAAAAAGCAAUGUCAGAAUGCCAUUUGGACUGUUCAAGAAAGACAAGCCCACCACCAUGAGUGACAAAGAGCAGAAGGCCAAACUGGGCCUGAAGGUGGUGAUGGCCCAGCAGAACCCUGAGCCAGUGUAUGACCUCACUGACUGUGCCAUGGUGGAGAUGCCUCCUGACACCUUUGUCAUGUGCAAGCUGCUGCAGAAGACCACUCUUCUCGUGCAGAACAAUUUAUUAACUAAUUUUGAAAAAGGAGGUAAACUCAAUGAACUAGAAGCACUGGAAGUGUUGGAUAUUUCUCACAACAAAUUCCAUCACCUCCCUGAUUUGAUAAAUAGACUGAAGAGACUUAAAGUUCUGAAAGUGAGCCACAACAAACUGAAAACCUUACCUUCAUCUUUGAGUGAACUGUCAAAAUUGCAAGAACUUUAUCUCUCUUCAAAUAGAUUUUCCAAAGUGCCUCUAAGUAUCUGUGCCUUGCCAAAGCUAAGAGUUUUGUCCCUAAGUGGAAACAAUAUCUCUGUACUGCCAAAGGAAUUCUGUGAACUGCAGAAAAGUCUCUGCACAUUAGAAAUUGACACUGACAAGUUGGUGUCCCCACCGCCAGAGGUGGCUGCAGCUGGUGUUGAGGCUAUCAUGCGGCACCUAUGUGAGGAGCACCAGGUGGAGUACCAGGGCCUCAGCCAGGUGGAAGAGGAAGAUGUCACCUCACCACCCUCCUCUGCUAAGUCUGAUCACUCUGCUGCUGAUGAAGUAUUGUUCAGCUACAUGAAUCGCAAGGAAGAAAAGGUUAGAGCCCAGAUGGCUGUUGAAGAAGAAUGUCAAGCCAGAGAACAAGAACAGCUGGCUCAUAUGUUGCAAGAUAUGACUACAAAUAAGCAGCAACUUUUGGAAGAAAUCUUGCAGACCCCCCCUGAAGCCCUAGAUUAUGAGAAAAAAAAGCGUGAGCUAUUAAAGGAACAGUGUAAUUUGGAAGAAAACAUGCGAGCUGAACAAGCUGAGCAGCUGGAGAAAUACAUAGCUUCAUCCAGUAACAAGGAGGCCUUAAUUAAUGAUCUCUCUACUCAGCAAGCAACUCUGGACUUAGAGGUAGAAGGCUUAGUGUCAGCCAAGGAAAAAGAAAGACAGUCUUUACUGCGUGAUCUGUCAACCCUUGAAAAGGACACCACAGCUGCUGUGCAGGAACUUGUGGCAGUGGCUGCAGCACGGAAGAGUAAAGAAUUCAUCUCUCUACUCCAAGACCAGGACAAUGAAAUGCAGUCUCUUUUAUGUGGCAUUGCUGAAUCUGCAGCUGAACUUAGGCAGUCAGAAGUGGUGGAGGCCAUGAAGGAGGCACUGAUGGAGGAGGCUGCUGCUGAACAGAGGAGGCAGGCUGUUCAAGAUGAGCAGGGAGCCAGAGUGUUUGCCCUUAUGCAGGAUGCUGAUUUGGUUAAUUCUCACCUUCAUGGGGUGCUCACUACUCGCUUGGCUGAGAAGGAAGAAUGGACCUCAACCUUACUCAAGGAUGAGGAGUGUCAGGAGGCUGCCUUCAAAUUACUCCUCCUCAAUUCUGACCUCAAAAGAAACAACAUACUCAGACAGAUUGGUCAAAUUGAGUUUGAAUUGGCUCGACUCUCCUCUCUGGAGGUGCGAAAGAAAAAGCAUGGCAUCAAGUAUGGAUCAAGUACCAUGCUGGAGCAGCGUAUCACUUUGGUUGGCCUGCUGAAGUGUCUGAUGAAAGAGAAAAGUGAGAGGGAGGCCCAGCUUGCUGCCUGGCUGGCUCAGCUUCAGGAUAUGCGCUCUGGAAAUGAGGAGGAAGACGAGCAAUUCUGGCUGGUUCAGUACCAGCGGCUGUUGUCCAUGAAGCCAGUGGGACUGGCUGAGGCUGAGGCCAAGCUGGAGCCAGGAGUGCAAGCCGUGCUGAAGGCUGCCAAUGCUCUUGACUUGACACCAGUGUUUGCCCACAAUUCUAUUACAUUCUCUCGCCUGGUGGACAUGACAGAGGAAGAUGCAGCUGCCAUGGACAUUGGUCCGGCAACUUAUCGCAGUUUACAACGUGCCCUCCAGAACUAUUUAUAUGCCUCCAAAGUUGGAGACCACACACCUUCUGCACCAAGUGAAGAAGAAUAUCCUUAUGCUCCCUCUGCCCCCAACCUGGAGAGUGAUGAGGCAGCUCCAAGUGCUCCUGUUCUAGAGGGACAAGAGGGAAUGCCAACUGCUCCACCCAUAGACCAGCAGUUUGUGGAGGCAGAAUGUGUUGUGUGUAUGAAUGCCAGAUGUGAGGUUAUUUACCUACCUUGUGGCCAUGUGUGUGUGUGUUCUAAGUGCUCCUCAUCUCUAGGUAACUGUCCUCUUUGCAGGUCUCCUAUUAUAUCAAGAAUUCUGCUUACAUAUUGAGUACUUUUAAUACCAGUUCAUAGGUACCUAAAAGGUAGAAAUAUGGAAUUAUAAGACCAAGGCUAAUAAGCAAAGCUUUACUUACUAACUUUGGUGUGAUGGGAUUUAAUAAACAGGAUUGGAUGUAUCAAAUGAAUGCAUUAUGUGAUGAAGAGUGUAGCACAAAUGUUGGUGCUGGUCACAUAUUUGGCAGCAGUCCUCCAUAUUCUACCUUGUGUAUUAGGAAUGGUUAUAUUGAUAGGAAUGUGAGUACUAAAGGAAACACUCAGGUUCCAUUGUUGAGACACACUGCAUGAUAACUCGGAAAAUCUAGUGUCAUGUAUGACAUCAUGAUUCAGGUUUAUGUUGCCAAGUUAUCAUUGUAUUAGCAUUUAUUUUAGAAUUUGUCACCUACGUGAGGAGUGAUUGGACGGUAUGUGUAUAGGCCGUAUGAAGAGUUCUUUUACAAAAUUAAUAGAAUUGCUACAAACAACUUUUAUAUAUUUUCCUUGUGUGUGAGACAUGUGUUUGUUAUACUUGAUGCUGCUUUUAGUGAUUAUAUGCCUGUGUAUCUUUUUUUCUUUUUUUUUCAGAGUUUAUGUAGAAACUGAGAGUUAUAUAUUCAAUAGUUUAUGCAGUCAGAUUAUAUUUUUUGGGAGUGAUUUCAGUAGUCUUAGAUAUUGCACACUAACCCAGUCCCAGUGAGAAUUUUUAAAGACCAUGGACUACAAAACUAAAGACAAAUUAGUCAUACUACUCAUGUGGAUAUUUUCUAUGCUUUUAUGUUUUUUUUUUUUUUUUUUUUUUUUUUUUUUUUUAUUAUGGUCGAUGAGACUAUUGUUGUGAGUGCGUAUCCUUAAAUGUUCAGGUAGAUAUUUUAUUCACAGGGGUAGGUGAAAGCAUUGAUCAUAUGAAUACUCCAUACCCAUGAGUGGAAUAUGAGUCUGUCCCCCAUGGAUGAAGGGCAGCCAAUACUGGCCUUAUAAAUCAAGUGAAAUAGACCGUACAUCUGUCAGAGACCUUUUAAACCCUCCACCCUCAAAAUUGAUUGCUUUAUUAACUUUUGGAUUGCAAAGAUAUUAAGAAAUGAAUGUAUUCACAGAAAAUGAAAUAUGUAUAAUCUACUUCUAUACCAUACACAUAUCUUAUCUGUGUUUGAUAGAUGUGGUGUCCAACAGACAUCCAGAGAAAUGGAAUGAUGAUGUUGAGUAAGUGAGAAUGAGAGAAAUGAGAGGAUUAGAGCUUCCACGGGUAGGAGUAAUUGGAGAUUUCUGUCGCUGCCAUUCUCCCAGGAUGUUCAUAGAAGCAAUUGUCAUAUAUAGAUAGAUAAUUAUCAGAUCAGCAUGGUUGCCGGUACAUAAUUCUAGACCCUUGCAUGAAUACUUCUUUCGAGUUUUACAUUUCGGUACAUGGACAGAGGACAGAUGUAAAUGGGUGCAGUUUUCUGUGAUGCAUGCUGUGGUAAACUUAUGAUGUCAUCUUAAUAUUGCAUGACUAAAAUUUGCAUCAUAGCAUGGUGCCACCUGAGUGUGUUGUUAUCAAUCAAAUCAACAUUUCUUUAUAUGAUAUAAAAGUAAAUCUUUAAAAUUCUCUUCCAUAGCAGUGUAUAGUAGUGAAUGUGGAAGAUAGUUGAGAUCUCAGUUCCUGCCACCUUCAUGUGAUGUUUUACUCUGGUGCUCAUCAAUUCCUAGUACUUUGACCUUAUCCAAAGCUAUAAUGCUGAUGGAUAUCAUCUUACCUUUGAACCUUUAUGUAUUCUAUCAUGAGUACCCAUUUAUCAACUAACAGAUAAUCAUUGUAAUAGACCUGUGUUGAGUGAGGAUUUAAGUUCAGGGAUGAAUAGGUUUAUAGAUCAGUGAAAUAGAUAUGGCAUUAUCAGUUGGUUAGGUUAAAAGAUAUGGUAUGUACUUGGCUCACAGCUGAAAGGUUCUGCUUUCAGAAUGUGAAUUGGGCAGAAACUGUUUAGUAUUGUCUAAUUUUUUACUUUAGAUCCCAUAUCAAGGCAAUCUAAGCUUGUGUGGUGUUAUACCUAGCUUAAUCCCUUCUAACAGUUGGGAGAGAUCUUGUUCUUAGCAGAAUUAGGCCCAUUCACACGAUUGAGCACAGCUUGAAGGAUACUGCCUGCAACCGAGUUAAGCCUGUGGGCACAAAUACAGUGUUGUCCACAAUGUUGAUCUGCCCUAAUCAUACCCAGACAACAGCGCCAGGAUGGAUGGUUGUUAGAGUAUGAGCAAUGUCUGGUGAUUUCACAUAACUACUAAAACGGGUUUACCAAUAUUUCCGCAGGGACAAGUGGGCAGUCAGUCAACAGGUAGACUGCCCACUUGUACUCGCAGGCACAGCUUGAUUGUCUGGACGCGGCUUUAGGCUGAUGAUGGUGAUGUUGAUGAUGAUGUAUAGAUUUUUACAGAGUGCUACAGGUGUAUGCCAAAAACAUUCUUUAAAAAGGGUUAUAUUUCUUCUGUAUAGAAAGCAGAACUGACAAUCAUGGCUGUAAAAUACUGCUUUCUGUAGAAUUAGAAGCAGCGGAAGCAAAUCCACAACUUUGAAUUUGCUCCCUCCCAAACUAGACCUGAGGUAAUGGAAGAAAUAUAACCAAGAAUUAUAAUGGACUGACAUAUUUAUCAUACUUUAGCUUCUUAAUUUUCUGAUGAUUUUAAUGAGUGAUAAAAUGUCAGAGUAGAAGGUUGAAGGAAAGAUCAACAGAGUGAAGCAGCACUGACUUAAAGAACCGUAAGCAUCAGGGAGAAGUGAAGGCAUGCAUGAAACUGGAAUGGCGUGGAAUGGGAGCAAAAUUGAUGCACAUAUUUGGAAUCUUAAUCACUGUGUCACGUCUACAUUAAUUACUGGGAAAACCUAAGCAGAUGUUGAGAAUGAAUGGUAAUAAUGCACCAGGCUGACAUCCCUCAUAAAAGAAGAAAGCCAAGAAAAGACUGACAUUUACAGGAAUUUAAAUAUUUAGUAGGGGAUAUCUAGUCUCCUCAAUCCGUCCCUUACAAUACAAGCAGGGCAUCAGGUGGCAGUGGUCUCCAUCCUGCCUAUGACUAAUUAUUCUUUAAAGCUAGAAAGGAAAGAGCUCAUGAUAAGUAAACAAGCUGUCUGAGGUAACUGAGGCUCCUGUCUCCAAGAAGAUAUUGCCUGUGGUACUGUUUACCUGUCUGACACUCCUGUUAUCAGUAAUGACUGGCUUGUCAGGUGAAACACACAAGGUACCAUGCAAGUUUGUCCGCUUCUACCUAUGUGGUUUUGUCUUGAAAGGUUUAUGUUCUACAGUUGUAAAUUAGGUAAGAUUCACUGAUUUAUCAUCUCAGAUAAGAUUCACUGAUUGAUUAUCUCACCAUGUAGCAUUACCAUUUGGCUGUCAUUUGGUGUUAGCUAAUGUUUUCAACCCGUUAUUACAGCAGAAUAGGGAAAAAAAGAAACAUACUAAAUACAUACUAUAUUAUUUUGUUGUAUGUUAUGGUAUCAUAUUAUUUACUCAUUUUGAUGAUCAUAAAUAUGGAUACAUAUGGCCGUGUGAAACAUUGCUGACACUUAUUAAGACCACUCUCUGUGGAUCUCAACUGUAUAAUGAAUCGUAAGCACAAAUAGUCUCUGAUGAACUUUGACAUGGAUUGUUGGUAUGUAGUGGGCUUGCUGUGUUUACUGACUGCUUUCUUUGAAAGAGUCAAGUGGUGUUUGUGGUUUCCUGUCACUUACCUACCUCAUGCUGUACAGGAAAUGAUGCUUGGUGUCAUUGGUGAGUUUACAUACUUAACUGAUUACAUUUUCACCUCUCUGCACCUCAUGCUUGAAUGCACAUGUAUGUGAGCAGCUUACUGUUCAUACAAGGUACUUCAUAAUGGUACCUUACUCUAGUUCCCUGUCCAUGGUCUUUCAAAAUUAUCAUUUAUAUUAGGAAACUAGAAACAAGCACUUUUUACCUUCCUAUAAGCUUUCAUAUUGCUUGAUAUAAUAUAUAAAAGAGAAAUGCAAUGUUUUUAUGUUAAUGUAUAUGAAUAGGGAAGAAAUUAUGAAGAACUUAUAGGAUUGUCAGUCAGUCAUUCACUUGUUAACUCUCACCAAGAUGUCACUGAAAUCAUUAUCAGUGAACAUCAUUCCUUGCAGUCAGUCAAAAGAAAGAAAUACUGUUCUCAAUGUUUUAGUAAUCUUGUCCAGUUCUAAGCACUAUUUAGUGUUUUUAUCAUCAAUUACAUGAGCUUAAAUUGAAAGUAGAAAGCCUGUGCCAGUUUUUUUUAAGGAAGUAAAAUUUCAAAAUACAUUAUUAUCCAAUAUUUUGAAAUAUACUUACUUUAAUUUUUGCAGGCUAGUUAUUUUUCAUAAUUAUUUCAUGUGCUACUUGUUACAUGGUUGAACCAAUGAUAAUUUGUAUUUGAAAGAGGUUAUGGGUUGCCACAUCUCACUGAUUUAGACAGUUAAAACAUAUUUUGAGUUCAUGGAUAUAGAAAGGUAAUUGUAGAUUUAUUUAGUUGUCCCAAUGGUAAGAGUUAUUAAUAUUGCAGUAUAGGCACUGCAACAGACACUGCCCCCUCAGCCAGCCACUCUUCUAGGUCAGUCAUUCAGGGAGUUUGUGCUAGCAGUAGUAACUUUGAUGAGGAAUUCUUGUGAAACCCUGGUCACAGUGAUUGGCAGUUGAAGAGUUUGGCAGUGAAGAUGAAUACUAUACUGAUACACUAGUUUUUAUUGAAUGGGCCAAAUAUUGAGUGCAGCAGCAGGGAAAGGGUUGCUGCUUUGCACGGCUUGGUGGUGACAACUGUAGGUCGUGUGUUAUAAUAGUGUAAUUUUCUUAAUUUAUUUAAGAAAGUUCUUAUAUGUUGGAGUAAUUUUAUACUUUGUAUUUCAAUUUAUUGUAUAGAUUUUUAUUGUUUUCAUAUGUUUGGGAAAUGGAAGCUUUUCAAGUACUUCUUGAAAUAUUAUCUGAAAACAGUAUAAGUGCAUAACAGGUGAAUGACUAACAGUAUGCUUAUGGAUAUAGAUAUAUAUAAGUUAAAUAUGACUAGAAUUUGAUUGAACUCUGCAGCAUUUGAUUUGUCGACUUUUACUGGCUCUCAAACUCAGGAUAGAUUAAGAUGCUUUAUUUGUACCUAUUUGAAAUCAGCACAAAGGUCACAAGAUUGAAUAUUUGAAGAAUAGCUUCUGCUGUACAACAUCAGCAAGAAAAAGUAGGAAGUCCAGUGUUACACAGCUGAAGGGUUUGCAGUAAUAUUAAGAAAGGCCAUUGUGACAGUAUUUUAUAACCUACAAACAUAUGCUUGUAAAUGUGGUCAAAUUGAUGGCAACUUCCUUAUUGGCAAUGGCUAUACAUUUAAAGUGCUCGAAGAAUGGAAGUGUAGUGAUGCAAGUGAGAGAAAGGCUGUUUUGCAGAAGGUAAAUGAAUAAAUGCAAAGGAAGUGUGAUUUGCAGUAAUGUAAAUGUUAUGUAUGGAAUGGGUUCCUUGAUAGGCUGUUCUCUUUUGGUGUUUUGAGGCUCCCUAGAAGAGAGUAAUGUGUCAAAGAUGAAAAUUUUGCUUACAGCUAAAUCAUCUUAUAAAUUAUUUUUUUAAAUUGUUAUGUGGGAGACUAAUAAAGUCAUAUAUUAACCUCAACUAAGAAUAAACCCAACAAAUACUACAACAUUGUUGCUUUUACUUUGAAAUUGAUGAUUAUAUAAAACUGUUCUUAGUCAAUCUUUGUAGCACUUUACCAGUAAAAUUUAAAGCAAUGCUAAGUAGCAGUUCAUUAUUAUGCACAAAGUUUUGUUGUAAUGAAAUAUGAAGGUGCUACACAUUGGGUUGUGUUGGCUGUCCAGUGGCUGAGAAUGUUAGCGGUGUCUGUCACUGUAUUUCAGUACUUCAGCCCAUCUUGCUACAUGUUUGAAAUCAAUUUCACACUACAUACUUAAUUCUGUCAAGUUCCAAUUUAGCUCAGUUUAGAUCUAUUCAAAGUUAUGACCAGAGGGUUUUGCUACAUUAAAAACCUUCUCUAUCAUAGACAAGCUUCAUAUGACCUAUCUAGUGAGUUGGACUAUUUAGAGAUACUUAAACAGUUCUUCAUAACCUGAAACUUCAAAUUACAUGCAGUGUGUGUGUGUGUGUGUGUGUGUGUGUGUGUGUGUGUGUGUGUGUGUGUGUGUGUGUGUUAGAGGAGAGAGGGAGAAGGCAUGAUUGUGUGUGCAUGCUCAGUUACACACCUGUAUCAGGUUUGGUCUGCAAUGCUUUGCACUCACUAUCUUUAUAUUGAGAUGCAACACAACACAUGAAUGAUCCAGUAGUAUGUACCUGUAAAAUUGUUUACUUCCUGUAUCUUUUUGUCAUGUAUAUGAUUGUUUGACAAUAUUGUUUACAGAAUUAUAUUAAGAAUUUGAAAUGUUCUAGAUCUCCUGUAAAGAAAGCAUUUCAACUUUGCUUAUAUUUGUUCAUAUAAAGCUGUAUUCUUGUAAACCUAUUGAAAUACUAUCAAGGCCUUCACUUACAGUAAUACUUACUUGUCUCAGAUCCAUGCAGUUCAUAAGGGCAUGUACAGAUACUUCAUAACUUUUAAGUGUAAUAUUUACAGCAGCCUUUCCCAGCCACUCAGCUGGCAUCAUGCAGUAUAAUCUUGGCCUAUUUGGUUCACACUGCAAAAGGUGUAGUUAGUUUUAAGUACAAUGAUUUACUGCAUUGUGUGGUGUUUUUCAGGAUACAGAAAUGGUGUGUACAAGUGUAUGUGCCAAGCAUUCUGGGAACUAGUACAAGUCAUCUACUGCAACUUGUAUUUUAGUUAGGCUUAAUGAUGGUAAACACUGAAAUUUUGAAUUAAGAAGUUAAGAUCCAGCCGAGGAUUUCCAAGAUAACUACUUGGAUCCAAAAACUAGCUAGUUAUGAUCACCAGUAGUUAUUAAUGCCUUAUAUUUGUAAUUCACUUAUAUACUGAAACUAUAAUAUUUAAUGUAGGGAUCUUUGUUGUAUAAGAAACUCAAAAAAACAUUACUCAAACAGUAGUAUUUGAAGACUACCAACAAUAUCAAAUAUAUUUUGUAUUUA